UCUUCGAGCUUGAAACGUCACAGUGAACUAGGGUUUUACCCAAAAUCUUCUCGUCCGUCGUUGCUCACUCACUCAGUCCGACGGGAAAAAAAUGGCGAUGCGACAUUUGAGCCGAUCGAGAGACGUCACGAAGAGAUCAACGAAGAAGUACAUCGAAGAACCGCUUUACCAUCGUCUUUUCAAAGAUGGCGGCACAGAGGUCAAAGUUCGACAGCAGCUGAAUCAGUUCCUCAAAGGCACUAAGCACGUUUUCAAAUGGGAGGUCGGAGACACGAUCAAGAAACUCCGUAAUCGCGGCCUCUACUACCCAGCUCUCAAGCUCUCUGAAGUUAUGGAAGAGAGAGGUAUGAACAAGACGGUCAGUGAUCAAGCAAUCCAUCUUGAUCUUGUUGCCAAAUCUCGGGGAAUCACGGCUGGGGAGACUUAUUUUGUUGAUCUUCCGGAAACUUCUAAGACGGAACUCACGUAUGGGUCUCUUUUGAACUGUUACUGCAAGGAGUUGAUGACGGAGAAAGCAGAAGGUUUAUUGAAUAAGAUGAAAGAGCUCAACAUUACUCCUAGUUCCAUGUCUUAUAACAGUCUUAUGACUCUUUACACCAAGACGGGUCAGCCUGAGAAGGUUCCAGCAAUGAUCCAAGAACUGAAGGCUGAGAAUGUUAUGCCGGAUUCGUUCACGUACAAUGUCUGGAUGAGGGCUUUGGCUGCUACUAAUGAUAUCUCUGGUGUUGAGAGAGUCAUUGACGAGAUGAAUAGAGAUGGUAGAGUUGCUCCAGAUUGGACUACUUACAGCANACGCAACAAUUUUUUGAAAUCUCAAAUCGCAANGUCUCUUCAGGAACUGGAGAUGAAAAAUACGCAACGGGAUUUUACGGCAUAUCAGUUUCUCAUUACUUUGUAUGGACGACUGGGGAAGUUGACUGAAGUUUACAGGAUUUGGCGUUCAUUGAGGCUGGCUAUUCCGAAAACCUCAAAUGUAGCUUAUCUAAACAUGAUACAAGUGCUGGUGAACUUGAAAGAUUUACCUGGUGCAGAGACACUGUUCAAAGAAUGGCAAGCUAACUGUUCUACUUAUGACAUCAGGAUUGUAAAUGUGUUGAUUGGAGCUUAUGCUAAAGAUGGUCUCAUUGAAAAGGCAAGAGAGCUCAAGGAGAAAGCUCCUAGAAGGGGAGGCAAAGCCAAUGCUAAAACCUGGGAAAUCUUCAUGGAUUACUAUGUAAAGAGAGGUGAUUUGGCUCAAGCACUCGAAUGUAUGUCUAAGGCAGUUUCUAUCGGCAGAGGAGAUGGUGGCAAAUGGCUACCGUCACAGGAAACAAUCAGAACAUUGAUGAGCCUUUUCGAGCAAAAGAAAGAUGUUAAUGGAGCUGAGAAUUUGGUGGAGAUUUUAAAGAAGGUAACGGAUAACAUUGGUGCAGAAAUCUUUGAACCAUUGAUAAGAACAUAUGCAGCAGCAGGAAAGAGUCAUCCUGCUAUGCGCCGACGUCUAAAGAUGGAAAACGUGGAAGUUAAUGAAGCGACAAAGAAACUGCUCGACGAAGUAUCUCAGGAGGAGUGAGAGGUCUGUUGCAUAUCUCUCUCCUUCAUAAAUUGCCUUCAGCCAAGACAUUAUUAGUCGUGUUAGGGGCACUUGCAUUCUCGCAGCUCUGUUUCUUAUUGGUAAUAUAAAAAAAUAGGCUCUAGUUGGCAAAAUCAAUCGUACGGAUCUCUUUUACUUCACCUAAAGACAGUUUGUUCGUGUUUUUUGUGAAUUGUUUCGGGCGUAGCCAAUCACUCGUUUUUUUUUUUGUGAAUUCUCACAGCUCCUAGAAGAGGAGGCAAAGUAAGUUUUUUUUGAAUCUCCCAUCACUCUUUUUAUUA